GAGCAGCCGCACAGCCUAACGAGUACGGGAAGGAAAGGGGCGGCGUGUCGGGGCGCCCAGCACUCUGCCCGGCCCGCAGACAACGCCUAGCCUAGCCUAGCCCAGCCCAAUCCGUCCCGUCAAGCUUAUGCUGCAGAGCAACCAGUCCAGUCCUAACCUGCCGAGACCACCGACAGCAGCACCGAGCUCAAGGACCCGUGGCGGCGCGGCGGCCACGCCCAGGCCAACCGAGCGCUCCGCUGAGCGAGAAGCGCAUGCGAGGGUUUGCCUCGCAGCCGCCACAGGCCGGGCAGGCGGGGCGGGCGCGGCGCAGGGGUCACGCAAUGGUUGGCGGGCGGAACGUGUGGCCGCUGCUCUUGUUUCCCCCUCAGCCGGAUUGCUGCUGGUGACGGACCAGCUUUGCGGGGUGUGAUGGCUGCUGUCAUGGCGGCGGUGGUGUUGGCGCGGCGCUUCCACCACAGUCCCACCUGCCUGAGGAGGCUACUCCGACGCGGGGCGGGAGGCGCGACGUACGGCCCGCGGCGCCGGGGAGCCAGCCGCGGGGCCGGGGACAGCGAGGUGUUUAGAAAAAGCCUUCAGAGGGGGCUUGUGCUUUCAACAGGGGCCUUUCUGGUUUAUGAAGCUCACAAGUUGAUUUCUGGCUUUGCUGAGGUUCAUGCAAGCUUCAAAGUGGAAGAAGUUAUAGAGCAAGCAGACUACCUGUAUGGGAGUGGAGAAACGGAAAAGCUUUAUCAGUUGCUGGUUCAACAUAAAAAUAGUGAUGACGCAGAGUUAUUAUGGCGGCUGGCAAGGGCUUCACGAGACCUAGCUCAGCUCAGCAGUACUUCUGCAGAGGAGAAGAAACAACUGGCGUAUGGAGCCCUUGAGUAUGCAAAAAGGGCACUUGAAAAAAAUGAAUCAAAUUCUGCAGCACACAAGUGGUAUGGAAUCUGCCUCAGCGACGUUGGAGAUUUCGAAGGAAUUAAGACUAAAAUUGGAAAUGCCUUUGUUAUCAAAGAGCACUUUCAGAAAGCCAUCGAACUGAAUCCAAAAGAUGCUACAACAAUUCAUCUUAUAGGCAUUUGGUGUUACACCUUUGCUGAAAUGCCAUGGUACCAAAGAAAAAUAGCUGCAACACUAUUUGCCUCACCACCAACCUCCACAUUUCAAGAGGCUCUUCGUUACUUCCACAUGGCAGAGGAAGCUGACCCAAAUUUUUACAGCAAAAAUUUGCUCUUUUUGGGGAAGACUUACCUGAAGUUAAACAAUAAAAAGAUGGCUCUUCUAUGGCUAAGCAAAGCAAAGGAGUAUCCUGCACACACAGAAGAGGACAAACAGGUACAGAAAGAAGCUUUGGAGUUGCUUAAUUCUAUGUAACAAGACACAAGAUGAUGGGAAUUCGGUGCCUCAGGUUUGAGCGGAACAGGAAAAAGGCCCCAACUGCUACUGUGAUUUACUGAAGCUGUUAAUAAAAGUAUAGCCUAAA